AAGAUCAGAUCUCUCUCUCUCUCUCUCUUAAUCCGCUCUUCAUUUCUUACGUUCCCUUUCCUUUUGUCAGCUCGUUAAAUAGUUCCACUCACUUUGAAGAACUUAAACCCUUUCACUUCACUCUACAAUCCCCUCAAAACCCAAACUUUAACCAGUGGAAAAGAAGAAGAGAGCCCACGUUUUCCCCACCUUUUCUAAAGAACUUAUCUUGGAUCCAAGCCCCAUUCCAUUUCUUAUGAAAAAAGGUCUUUCAUUAUGGAUCCUCCUUUGAUAAAUGACUCAUCAUUUUCGGCUGCAAAUCCUUCAGCUUAUAGCCUUGCUGAGAGUUGGCCUUUCCCGAUCAACCCAGGAUCCGACCCGACUGUUGUAACGGGACGUGGGUUGGGACACCGAAUGGGUAACCUGGGCGGGUUUGGAGAGACUUCGGGUCUUCGAGAUGGGUCUAUGGAGGAAUCUACUGUGACUGAGCAGAGUGUUGGGUGUGGAGGUGGGAGAAAAAGGAAGGAAUUAAGCUCUGAAGAUGAGUCUUCCAAGCUUGUUUCUACUACUAGUAGUGCAAAUGAAUUGAAUGAUUCGAAUGGAAAAAAGAUGAAGAAGCCAGGAACGAAGAAUGAAAAUGCGGACCCAGAAGCCGAGGUGGAGACGAGUUCCGGAGAGGGUGGCAAGCCAGACCAGAAGAGAAAGGCUGCCGAGCCGCCUAAGCAAGACUAUAUUCAUGUCAGAGCCAGAAGGGGUCAAGCAACUGAUAGCCAUAGUCUGGCUGAGAGAGCCAGGAGAGAGCGUAUUAGCGAGAGGAUGAAGAUUCUUCAGGAUUUGGUCCCUGGAUGCAACAAGGUCAUAGGGAAGGCACUUGUCCUUGAUGAGAUUAUCAAUUACAUCCAGUCACUGCAGCAGCAGGUUGAGUUCUUGUCAAUGAAACUUGAAGCAGUUAAUUCAAGGAUAAAUAUGAAUCCUAGCUUCGGAGGUUUUCAUUCAAAGGAUAUUGGUUUGCAUCCAAUAGAUGGUGCUGGAAUGUUAUUUGGCUCACAAGCAGCAAGGGAAUAUGCUCAAGGAUCGCAACCAGAGUGGUUGCAGAUGCAUGUCGGUGGGAAUUUCGAACGAGCGGCGUAACUCGGAGAAUCCUCGUUUGCUUACGAAGCAACAAGAACAAUCUGUUUGUUGUCUUCUCGAAGGGGGGGGGGAAAGAUCGCGAAUGGUUUAC